UUUUGGUCUCAGACUCAAGAAAACAGGAUCCUUGGAUCUUUAGCUGACCGGCGCAGAACAGCUGGGGAAACUGAGGUCCAGAGGCAGGACUCCAUGCCUGCAGAGGCGACCGCGAAGGGGGCGCGUCCUGCCCAGUGGGCCGCCUCCUUCCGCCCCUAACGCGGGGUCUCCCCUCCCGGUCUCUUCUCUCGCCAAGCCGCCACCUCGGAAGCGAGCCAUGAUUGCAGCCGUGGCGGCGGCGUGGCUGCUCCUAUGGGCCGCGGCCUGCGUGCAAUCCGAGCAGGACUUCUACGACUUCAAGGCGGUCAACAUCCGGGGCAAGCUGGUGUCGCUGGAGAAGUACCGCGGCUCGGUUUCCCUGGUGGUAAACGUAGCUAGCGAAUGUGGCUUCACAGACCAGAACUACCGAGCCCUCCAGCAGCUGCAGCGGGACCUGGGUCCCUUCCAUUUUAACGUGCUUGCCUUCCCUUGCAACCAGUUUGGCCAACAGGAACCAGACACCAACAGGGAGAUCGAGAACUUUGCCCGCCACACCUACAGUGUCUCUUUUCCCAUGUUCAGCAAGAUCGCAGUCACCGGCUCUGGUGCCCACCCUGCCUUCAAAUACCUAACCCAGACUUCUGGGAAGGAGCCUACCUGGAACUUCUGGAAGUACCUCGUGGCCCCAGAUGGAAAGGUGGUGGGGGCUUGGGAUCCGACGGUGCCCAUGCAGGAGAUCAAGCCCCGGAUCACAGAGCUGGUGGCAAAGCUCAUCCUUCAGAGACGGGAAGAGUUAUGACCGGAUUCCCACUUCCCCACCACUCCCAUCCCUCAGCAAACUCAAGUGGUGCUUCACAGGCAGAGAGCCUGGGCUUCUCCUCUCUUCACUCACAUAGAGGAAAAAGUCUAAGACUUGGAUGAUUUGAAUCCAAGAGCAAGGAAUAGGAACUCCUGGCCAAUGAGAGUUCUGAACUGUCAACCACCGGCCAGUAGGCCGCCAGCCAAAGGAAACACGGCCAGGCUAUGAGAAGCCCUGUAGAAGGGUAUGAAGCAACCAUCUCCUAGCCAGGUUCUGUAAAGGGGAGCCAAGUCUUACCUCACAGGAAGGUUGUGAGGAUUAGCAUCUAAUACCUGUGAACGUGCCUGGGGCAGCGCUAGCCAAAGAGGAAGCAUUCAGCACAUGUUUUCUGCCUAUAAACAAAGCAUUACUUGUGAUAAUAAAACUUGAACUCAACACAAA